AUGUCUUCGAAAGAGAUAGUCGUCAUAUCUUGCGCUUCAGGAAAGCAAGCCACACCACUAAUCUACUUCCUUGCCAAGAAUCCAUACCGUCUUCGCUUAGUAGUGCACUCUACAAGCUCACAACAACGUCUCCAGAAGUCAUAUCCAGAAGCUGAUGUUCGCACGGCAGAGCUCACAAACCCAUCAGUAUGCCAGGAAAUUAUCAAGGACGCAAACAUCGUAUAUCACAUCGGCCCCUCCCUCCAUCCUCACGAGACAGCCAUCGGAUGCAACAUGAUCGAUGCAGCCAAAUCCACCCCAUCAGUCAAACACUUUAUAUACUCCUCAGUCCUCAAUUCUCAAUUGAGGAAGCUGAUGAACCAUGACUGCAAACGCUACGUCGAAGAGUACCUGAUGGAGUCUGAGCUACCGUAUACGAUUCUAUGUCCAACUCAUUUCAUGGAUGUGCUUCCAAUACCCAUGUUCUUGAAACAGAUGGAAGAAAACAGAGAAGGAGCUCUGGUGUUUCCAGCGAUGUGGAAUCCUGACAUUAAAUUCUCCUUCCUUUCGCUACAAGAUUUUGCAGAAGCUGCGUUUACCGUGAUCAAGGGGCAAGAAAAGCACUUUCGCGCAAAGUACGACAUUGUGUCUACAAAGCCUCUUAGCUAUAAUGAGGUUCUCAAGAAAGUUGGAGACGUGCUUGGAAGGGAAAUUAAAGCAGAGCAAAAGCCGUAUGGAACCUCUGUUUCGAUGUUCGGGGCAAGAGUCUUUGGCGGAAAGAUAGACGGUGCAGAUCCGGCAAUGGUGGAUGGUUUGGAGAGGUUAUUGCUGUAUUACAAUCGGCAUGGAUUGCAAGGUAAUCCGAAUGUUUUGGAGUGGCUGAUUGGGAGAAAGCCCACGAGUCACGAGGAAUGGGCUAAAGGAGUGCUUGGGGAGUUGAAGAAAGCAUAA